AUGAGUUUAUACACUGUAACAUUUGAAGAUUCAGAUGAUCCGCAUGAUAAUAUUGAGCCUGUUCCUAUCGAUGUAAAAAUAUCUCCUCCGCAUCCAUCAAAUGCUGCACAUGGCGGUUUUAGAAGACGAAGAUUGGGGAGGGAGCCCGAAGAUAAACCAACUCGUGUAACAAAGGAAAGAGUUGAUGUAAAUGCAGUUAAUACUAGGAAUAUUAGGAAGAAAAGAACUGUCGAAGAAAAUCAUGAACCAAUUGUCCAAGAAGAAGAACAAGAAGAAAAGCCAAAAAGAAUCAGAAUUAAAAGAAAACGUCAACAUCCCACUCAAGAAGAAACACAUCCCGAGGAAGAAGCGCAUAAUGAAAUUCAACAAGAGAAAGAACAAUCAGAUCAUGAAGAAAAAGAUGAAAGCGAACAUGAAGAGGUCAAACCAAUUAAACAAGAGCAAAAAACUACUGUUUCGGAGAAAAAAGAAGAAAAAAUCAAUGAUGACGUUUUUGAUGAGGAAGAAGAAAUUGCAAGAUUGGUUAAAAAUCUUAAUGAACAAAUAUACACCCCGGCUGAUAAUAAUUUAACUAUGUACAGGUUCGAGAUCGAUAAUAAAAUUACAAUUCGUGGAAAAAGAAUUCAUUUCCAGCUGACAAAGAGUGGAUCACCCCUUUUCCAUGCUAAAACUAAAUCUAGAACAGGCACUGAAGAGAUACAAAUCUCAAAAGGUACUGAAAGUCACUUUAGCGGCGACAAUUUCGAAGGAGUAAUUUUAAUUGGCAAUGAUAACAAGAGUUUUUCACUCAGGAGGCAUGAUAGAUAUGCAAAGGAUGUUUGCACAAUCAUAUUUGCCUUCCACGAGAGUGAGAAAAAACCAAGAAUGAUGUCAUUAUAUAAUUUCGAAAGUGAAAAUGGAAUUCCGAAGGAACUUUUCACUAGGCCAUACAUAGCUGUUGAUGGAAAGUGGAUGAUACGUGUUAAGAAUCGUUCCGCAACGUCGAGUAUCAAAAAUUGUGUUAUUGUUGAUACUCAAGAUAAAGAAUGGAUCAUUGUUCUUAAAAAGGAAGAUAAUGUACUGUCUAUCGAGGCUUCUCCAUUGUUUGAUCCUCUUGUCGUUUUUGCUGUCGGAAUUGCUUCAUAUCUUUGUAAGUGA